UUUUACAGGGUCACAGAAUUAACCCCAGCUCUCUCAGUCCUUUCACUGAUUUCUCUCUGUGGUGGAGCUGAGAUUUGUUUAGGGAGGCGAGACUACAACUCCCAGAGUGCACCUGUGCGGUUGUCAGGAGCAACCAAGGAAGCCAACUAACAGCCUUGCUGGAGACUGAGGACUAUCCUGGGCCUCACUGCCAGCCAGCCAGCCAUGGGCCAGGAUUAUUACUCUGUGCUCGGGAUCACUCGCAAUUCAGAGGAUGCCCAGAUCAAACAGGCGUACCGCAGACUCGCCCUUAAGAAUCACCCGCUGAAGUCAAAUGAGCCAUCUUCAGCAGAGAUUUUCAGGCAAAUAGCAGAGGCCUACGACGUGCUGAGUGACCCCGUGAAGAGAAGCAUCUAUGACAAGUUUGGAGAGGAGGGCCUGAAAGGUGGGAUUCCUUUGGAGUUUGGAUCCCAGACACCAUGGACAACUGGUUAUGUCUUCCAUGGCAACCCCGAGAAAGUGUUCCAUGAGUUCUUCGGUGGAAACAACCCGUUCAGUGAGUUUUUUGAUGCAGAUGGAAGUGAGGUGGAUUUGAACUUUGGGGGGCUCCGUGGCCGAGGGGUCAAGAAGCAGGACCCCCCAAUCGAACGGGACCUCUACUUGUCCCUGGAGGACUUAUUCUUUGGCUGUACCAAAAAAAUUAAGAUUUCCAGAAGGGUGCUGAACGAGGAUGGGUACUCCUCCACCAUCAAGGACAAGAUCCUGACCAUUGAUGUGAAGCCCGGCUGGAGGCAGGGCACACGCAUCACCUUUGAGAAGGAAGGGGACCAGGGCCCCAACAUCAUCCCAGCAGACAUCAUUUUCAUUGUAAAGGAGAAGCUACACCCUCACUUCCGCAGGGAGAAUGACAACCUUUUCUUCGUGAACCCCAUCCCUCUGGGCAAGGCUCUCACCUGCUGCACUGUGGAGGUGAAGACCCUCGAUGACCGUCUGCUCAACAUCCCCAUCAAUGACAUCGUCCACCCCAAAUACUUCAAGAAGGUGCCAGGUGAGGGGAUGCCAUUGCCAGAGGACCCCACUAAGAAGGGGGAUCUCUUCAUCAUCUUCGACAUCCAGUUCCCCACCCGCCUGACGCCCCAGCAGAAGCAGAUGCUGCGCCAGGCACUGAUGACAUGACUGGUGGGCUGGAGCAGGGGUGAGAGGAGGCUAGCCAGGCCUCACCCUGCCUCUACCCCCCACAGCCUCUGGGUGUGCAGGGGAGCCUGCUGCACAGAUGACACUAGGGUGGGAUGGCGAGGGCUUAAACUGACAUAAUAAAGAUGUAUUUCCUGUC